AAAAAAAAAACCAACCGACUUCACUCCACUCCUUCGACCAUCAAGAAAAAACAGCACCCAUCCAUCUACCUACAUACGACCAACAUCCUGACCAUCGAACGUGAAUCAUGUGCUUCUUCAUCCCUCUCCAAUUCGGAUGCCCGACUAAAAUCGCCCAAAUCGAUGCUGAAAAAGACGAUAUCCGAAUCUGUCCUCAAUGUCAUAACGCAGCGGUGACCAGCUGCAAGACGCGGAUGUGGUUCGAGUUCUGUUUCCUGCCGAUAAUCCCGUUCAAGUCGAAGAAGGUCUGGCUCUGCAGCAUCUGUCGAUGGCAAGCCCUCAACGACGGCACCGGCCCGCAGGCGCUCAGUAAUAUCCCGCCCCCCGGAGGCGGCUACGCUGCUCAAGCUCCCAUGGCUGCGCCCAUCGCCCACACGAAGGUUUAAUACUAUUUAUCACCCCCCACCCCCCCUUUUUUUACCAUCUCGCUAUCUCUCUAUUCUUAGUAUCCACAAUCGCUUCUAAUCUAUCAAAAAAAAAAAAAAGAAACCCUUCCGCCGACGUCAUACCUCUUUGUCAUACACGCUUUGUCCCGAUUCCGGACUCUCUCUCUCUCUUCCUUCUAAUAUUUACUUUGACCUGUAUUUGUCACCAAUCCUAUCUCCGCCAGACUGUGCAAUUCAUCAACUUUUUUCUCUUCUUUCUCCUUCCACAUUACCUACCACAAAAAAAGGACAGAUCUUUUGUUGCACAUUUACAUCUAAUCAUGUUUUCCAAGCAAAUUUCUCUGAGCGCUUGCUGACACAGACUGAUUGUGCAGUAGUAUCAGGCAAAAGCUGUGGUCCAGGAAUUGGAGUUAUUGUCAGACGUGAGAGUUGUGGCAGUCCAUGGAAAGAAACACAUUGAAAUUAGAAGUUCAAGUUAGGACUCCCGC